AUGACCAAAACGCUAUCGAUUUCUGCAGGACCAAGCGUGGACGCGCUUGAGAUUUUGGCGGUGAACCACGACGACAAACCGGUAGUGAUUGACUCUGGCGAUUUUCAUGGGCGUGUCACUGUGCGGAUCAAGGAUUUCCGUGGUGUCCCUGCAGAAGGCGUCCCUAUUGCAAAGAAUGCAUCCUAUUUUAGCGAGCCGUACGGCGAUUCAAUGACGUACAGCAUUCAGGCGCAGGGCGUGUUUACAGAGGAAGUCAGCGCAGCUGAUCUGGUGUUUGGGAACAUGUUUGAUCACCCGCUCCGUGACUCGCUGCCGUACGGCACCAGCAUUGCGCUCCGCUUCGCUAGCUUCGUUGAUCCUACAAUACAGCACGACUUGUACGCGGAUAAACCAUGGGCAUUUUCGCCAUUGCUUGCUACAGUGUAUCGAGCACAGGCAAACCGUGCUGAGCCAGGCACAUGGUCAGCACACAAUGUCGCAAAGACCAUGUUUGAGGACAAGGCGUGGCCUCCUUUCCCAACUCCAGACGGCGAGAGCAAGGAGCAUUUUACACGCGAUGACAUUGCGCCGCUAUUUAAAACGUACGAUAAUGGAGAGCUGGUUGUUAGCAAGGACUUGGAAAAGGACAAGGACGCAAUCGCGUCGCUCGGGAGCCCCGACCAAAGUGUUGCAUCGCACGCACGAGCAAAAUGGCUCGGCAUCAAGCAGCACCGUGAGGACCUGAUGGUCACACCAGACGACGUGAUUACCGUCGAUUUUUGUAAUGGAUACAUUGACUUUAACCAACUGCAUCUAAAGAUUCCUUACGGUGGCCUGGAGUUUGAUCUUGGAAAGUACUACAAUGGGCAGCCCGUACGCUACGUGUGCAAAAACAUUCGCACAAAAAAGAUCUAUUUCAUUGUCCAGUUUGACUUGGUUGAAGACAAGGACGAGAAAGAGGUAACAGACAGCGACAGCAACGCUGCCACUACGGAUGUAGCCCAGGAAGACUCUAAGGACAAUACAAACGGCAGUGAGGAUGGGACGCAAGACAAUGCGGAUGACAAUGCCACGGGUGAAUUAAAUAAAGAAAAGUCCUCGUAG